UUGAGCGGCACAGGUGAGGAUCCUGUACUUUAGAUGAAGUGAUUUACAAUUUAGAAGAUCCUUCGGAGAUCAAAACAUUUCACAGAAGUGGUAUGACUGCGAUGUAGCCAUGCUCCUGAAGGACAGUGUGCAGACCUGAGGAGGAAAUAUUCAUCACCACCUGGUGUUGGGACUCAGCAGUUUUAGCAAUGGCUUACCUUCCCCAGUCAGUCCAUUGGCAGUUUGCGGGUCUAGUGCUUGGGUUCGUAGGCUGGAUAAUGACAGCCUCCAUUUCUGGGGUGAACGACUGGAGGAUAUGGUACGUGGACAAUCAGACAGUCAUCACCGGAGGACUGGCCUGGGUGGGAGUGUGGCGGGUCUGUUUCAACAGCCACAUUUUGGAUUCGACUGAGAUCUGCAAAAGCAUCAGCCUUACAGAUUCAUUCACUCCACCAGAAAUAGCAGCCGCCCAGGUGCUUUGCAUGGUUGCUGUUGGCGUGGGGGUGCUCGCAAUCCUAGUGGCGGGACAUGUGGUGAGGAAUGCCAUCUUUGGGGUUAACAACAGGCAUGUCAGAUUGACCUUUGUGAUGGCGGGUUCCUUGUUCUGGUUAACUGCAGCGUGUUCGUUGGUCCCCGUCUUUUGGAAUAUGAAUUCUGUACUGGCGAAUCUCACUAUAGACUUCCCGCCUGACUUCUACUUGCCUUCUGCUCCAGUGAAACAGGAAGUGGGUCCAGGGAUUGGGAUUGGGAUCGGUUCAGGUUGCCUGCUCAUUGUAAGUGGACUACUCUUAAUGUGCUACAGGUAUCCCAAAACCAAAGUGCCUAAGAGCGGAGAAACAGGACAUUUUGACAACAAUCCAAAGGAUGAAGGCUUUCUUGGUGUAAUUAAAGAGAGUAUGGAUGAGGGUAUGAUCAACCCAGCGUAUGAAACAGAGAAGCUUUAAUAAUAAAGUGCAUCACUCUAUGGAAGGACGUUGAAGGCUCUUAACAGUUUCUUAAAAUCUUUGACUGUUUGAGGAAAACUUAUAUAUCUGAGGACCCCAAACCAAACCGAAUG